UCGGAGCUCGCGCGUAGUCGACGCACGUACGUGGAGCUGGAACAGAAAUUAAGCGAACUGUCCAUGAAACACUGGAGAAAAGCGUUUUCUUUCGUUUCGUUCACUCAAUUCUGACAACAGCCCCGCUUAAACACCGUCAUCGGGGACAGAGAGUCUCCGUCUCUUUACAUCCAGCUGCUGUUUGGUGGCCUGCGUUAUUCCACAGAACAGCAGCAGAUGAAAGAAGCAAUGCCUGAAAAACAUGUCUCACAAAGAAGAUAACGAGGAGAAGAGGCGCUGCCACCGCACUGAUUUGUAUGCCAGCAUCCCUCGAACAUGUCUGCCUAUUGUGUACCACCCAGACUACAACAUCACUUUUAUGGGCCUUGAAAAGCUUCAUCCGUUUGAUGCGGGAAAGUGGGGGAAAGUCAUCCGCUUCUUGAAAGAGGAGCAGUUUAUCAAUGAUGGGAACCUCGUGGAAGCUCGUGAAGCUGCUGAGGAGGAUCUGCUGAUCGUUCACACCAAACGCUACCUCAACAGAUUAAAGUGGUCUAUGGUGGUGGCAACCAUCACAGAAAUUCCACCUCUCCUGUUUCUGCCUAAUUUCCUGGUGCAGCGGAAGGUGCUGAGGCCUUUGCGGACCCAGACAGGGGGAACAAUAAUGGCAGGAAAACUUGCUGUUGAGCGAGGGUGGGCCAUAAACGUAGGAGGAGGCUUCCACCACUGCUCCAGCGACAGAGGAGGUGGAUUUUGUGCCUAUGCUGACAUCACUUUGGCCAUCAAGUUUCUGUUUGAGAGAGUCGAAGGCAUCUCCAGGGUGACCAUCAUCGAUCUGGAUGCUCAUCAGGGAAAUGGACACGAGCGCGACUUCCUGGACGACAGGCGAGUGUUCAUCAUGGAUAUGUAUAAUCGCUACAUUUAUCCUGGAGACGAAUAUGCCAAAAGAGCAAUAAAAAGGAAGGUGGAGCUGGACUGGGGCACUGAAGACUCAGAGUACCUUCAGAAGGUUGAGCUCCACAUGGAGGGAACACUGAAUGAGGUCUUGCCUGAUAUCAUCGUUUAUAAUGCAGGGACAGACAUCUUGGAUGGGGACCCACUUGGGGGACUCUCAAUAUCACCACAGGGCAUUAUAAAGAGAGAUGAGCUCGUGUUCAGGGCUGCGAAGCGUCGGGGGAUCCCCGUACUCAUGAUGACAUCCGGAGGAUAUCAGAAGCAAACAGCCCGCAUAAUCGCAGACUCCAUCCUCAACCUGCACCGGCAAGGUCUAAUAGAAGACAACGCCGCGGACGGAGAGGGAUCGACACCGCUGACGACCCACAUGACGUCUACCUCUGGAUCGGCAGGGUCAACAUCCACAGCUGUCUGAGGAGCCUUAAUCCUGGAGCUAACACUAACAUACCUGACUUUAAAGCAGCGGUCCCCAACCCCCGGGCCUCGGACC